GCUUCCUUGCCAAGAACCGCGCCGCCUUCAUGCAGGAGGUCAAGGGCCAGCCGAUCACGGCCGUCACCAAGCUUGCCUCGAGCCGCUGGAAGAGCCUCAGCGAGAAGGAGAAGAAAGUCUUCCAGGAAGAGUACGAGACCAAGAAGGCCGAGUAUGAGGAGGCCAAGAAAUCCUACGUUCCCCUGCCUAGCGCGGAGAAUGAGGAGACCGAGAAGCCUACCAAGAAGGCCAGGGUUUCCAAGGAAGACAAGGAGGCGGCAAAGCAAAGCAAGGAUGCUGGGAAGCAGAGCGCCAAGGAGAAGAAGGCGGCCCAAGCCAAGGGAGCUAUGCUUGGUGCCUGA